GGUGCAUAAUGCACUGUCAGCAGCUUGUGAAGCGGUUUCUCAAAUCUCACCAAAGAAAAUCUUUUGUUUUUACCUUAUUUUUGCACGAUGGAGGACGAUUUUUUGAUUGUCCCGAGCGGAUCGCCGGAUUCCUACUGCCGGUUGUGCCUAUCGGAGAACAAUGUCGAGGCUUUGCUUGUCGCGGACGGUUUCCCGCAGCCGAACCAGAUGCUAGUGGAUCUGAUCAGAAGACAUAUGGAAAUUGGACUGUCUGCUCCGGUGGAUAGUCCCUGCGGAAUUUGCAACACUUGCCGGAUGAUGUUGGAGGAGUUUGAGCGCUUCCGGGAACGCUGCCUGCGCUGCGAUUACGCUCUUACCGGAAUUGAACGGCAACACGGGCAGGUGCUACCGUUCGAGUGUAGCCAAUGUCCUAGCAAGUUUCGAUUUAAAACUGAAUUCGAGAAGCACUGGAAGUCGCUUCAUGAUCUUUACUAUCACUGCGAUGUGUGCGAUGCUGCAUUCUCGACGCAAAGUAUGUUGAACGGUCAUUCAAAGUUUCACGAAGGAAUUGGCGAACAGAAUGGGGAGGUCGAAUUACAUAACUGUUCGUAUUGUCCUCGGAUAUUCUCCAACGACAAGCAGUUGCGAUUUCACAUUCAAGUGUUACACGAGCCGAAGGCUUCCAACGAUUACGUUCCACCGGCGCGGAAGAAGAAAGAUGAUAAGCCGAAAGCUACGUCGUCGGAGGCGCAACCAGCUGUAGUCUCCAUAAACAUAAUGAACUCUGAACCGGAGUCGGAGACCAGCAACAAACCGUACGAGUGUAAGACCUGUCGAGUUCGGUUCCAUUUUAUAGGAUCCUUGACGCGUCAUAUAAAUGAUAAGCAUGCUCAGCAUAAGCAGAAAGCAGCUAACAGGAGGAAGCGAAAAAGUAACGCAAUAUCAGCAGCACCUGUUCUGGUGAAUGAAUCAAUAGUCGUCGUUGACGAACCUGUUCCCGCGCCGGUGAUGGUGGAGAUUACCGACCAUGCUAUUGCUACACCGGAUCCGGUGAUUGCGAUUCCUGACCUUGGUAGUUCUAUUCUGGACCCAGCAAUUCCGUUGAUUGCCGAUAUGGCUAUGCCUAGAACUAGCGCAGAAGUGGUCUCAGAAACAUACGGCCAAUUCCAAAUUCCAAAUGAGCCGGAAUAUGUUCCUGAGCUGAUUCCAGCUUCCAAAGCGGAACAUAUCGAAUAUAUGGCCUACAGUGAGCAGGAACAGAUUCCCGCAGUUUACCCAUGCUUCGUCUUGAUGGAACGUUUGGAUGAGAAUUUGAUUCCUCCCAUACCGAACUCCGAAAUUCCUUUGGGCAAAUAUUACCAUGCCCUGCAGAUGCAGUAUGCUACUACGGAGGACCCAAUUGAUGAUGAAUUUUGGAAAAACUACCCUACCUACACCAGUAAAAUCUGCAAGCAGUUUCGAUGUGAUAUUUGUUUCACCGAGCUAAGUACAAAAAUGGCCCUCUAUCGCCACAAGCAGUACAAGCACAAUCCGAACGUUUACCAGUGCACCUAUUGCGACAAGGUAUUCCCGGACAAGGCCGGCAUCGACCGGCACAUGCCUCUACACACGAACGAUUAUCCGCACGUUUGCGACGAGUGCCCGCUGGGAUUCACGCGAAUAGGCCUUCUGAACAAGCACAAACAAAAGUACCACGGGCCGGGAGCACUCCCGCAGAAACUGCACUACUGUCCGUAUUGUUUGCGGGCUUUCAACAAGCUGUAUCUGAUCAAGAAUCACGUCGCGUUGGAACACCAGGAUCAGUAUGAGGUGGAAGCGUGAGUAUCUCGGUAGUUUUACUUUCAUUUCAUGUUGGAUCUAAACAAUAUUAAUCUCUUCUUUGGCCAUUGCUCUUGAUGCUAUAUAUGUUGAAUAAAUAGUGGGAACAAAUUGCUGUCAAUUCAA